AUGACUGGAAUUCGUGAACAGUUGAAUACCCUUAUGCAAAUGAUGCAAAGAAAUAAUUUGCAACCCCAACAGAGGCAAGCACUUAGGAUGCCACGAAAUGAUUUUAUAGAAGCUGACGAAUAUCCAAAUGGGGAUGAUGAGAUUCCACCGUUUAGGGGAAGUAGUUCGCCCGAGGAAUACUUGGAGUGGAUCCAGAAGGUUGAAAAGGUGUUUGAAUGGUAUGAAUAUUCUGAAGAAAGGAAGUGCAAGGUGGCAGCACUUGACUUUACGGAUUAUGCUCAUUUAUGGUGGGAAAACUUAAAGAUUCAGAGGAGAAGGGAUGGAGAAGAGGAGAUUAGAACGUGGGCAACUAUGAAAAGAGUGAUGAAGAAGAGAUAUGUUCUUGAUUACUAUAAAAAGGAGCUAUACAUCAGGCUUCAGAAUUUGCGACAAGGAUCUUUGAGCGUGGAAGAGUAUGUGAAAGAGUUUGGGUUGCUGCUGAUUCGAUGUGAAUUGAUGGAACCCCAAGAGCAAACAAUAGCUAGAUUUCUUGGAGGGUUGAUGAAGGAUAUAACUAAUGUUGUUGAAUUACAGUCCACAACAAGGGCUGUUUCUACACCUAAACAAACAUGGAGCACACCUAAACGAGCUGAGAAGGUGGAGUUUAGAAAGGGGAAUACCAGUUCCAAUUCUUUGAAGGGAAAGGAGAAGGUGACAGAACCUGAACAUCCUAGGAGGUCUUGGGACAUCAAGUGUUUCAAGUGCUUAGGACAUGGGCACAUUGCUUCGGAAUGUCCAAAUAAAAGGGUGAUGAUUUUGCAUGGGGAUCAUGGAGAUCUGAUUAGUGGAGAUGAGGUUAAAAGUGAAGAUGAAGAUGAGGUACAAGUGGCUGAACAAGAAGAGGAUUUCGAACCAGUGAAGGGAGAUUUUUUGGUUAUGCAACGGGUUCUGAAUGCACAAAUUGACGUUAGUGAUGAGCAACGCAAGAACAUCUUUCAUACUCGAUGUCAGAUUCGAGAUAAGGUGUGUGGGAUGAUCAUUGAUAAUCGAAGUUGCACAAAUGUUGGGUCAACAACCUUGGUGGAGAAAUUGGGUUUAACUACCCUUCCACAUCUCAGGCCGUAUAGUUUGCGAUGGCUGAAUGAGAAUGGGGAAAUUCGGGUGACAAAGCAAAUUUUACAGGCACCCGAGUUAGAAUUGAAACCUUUGCCCGAUAAUUUGAAGUAUGUAUUCAUUGGCGACAACAAUACACUUCCCGUUAUUAUAGCAUCAGGUUUGACAAAUACGCAAGAGGAAAAACUUGUGAAAUUGUUAUGUGAUCACAAGACGGCCAUUGGAUGGACUUUAGCUGACAUCAAGGGCAUUAGUCCCUCAAUGUGUAUGCAUCACAUACUAUUGGAGGACAAUGUGAAACCAACAAGGGAAAUGCAAAGGAGGUUGAACCCGCCUAUGAUGGAGGUAGUGAAAACCGGAAUCACGUUGGUGAAAAACAAAAAUGAUGAGCUCAUUCCUACUCGCAUCUCGAGUGGAUGGAGAAUGUGUGUUGAUUACAGAAAGCUAAAUCUUGCUACACGCAAAGAUCAUUUUCCAUUACCAUUCAUGGAUCAAAUGCUUGAACGCCUAGCAGGUAAGUCUUUUUAUUGCUUUCUUGAUGGAUAUAGUGGAUACAAUCAGAUUGUUAUUAAUCCUGAGGAUCAAGAAAAGACUACAUUUACAUGUCCAUUUGGUACAUAUGCAUAUAGGAGAAUGCCCUUUGGUCUCUGUAAUGCACCUGCAACUUUUCAAAGAUGCAUGAUGAGUAUUUUUUCUGACUAUGUUGAAAGAAUAAUUAAGGUUUUCAUGGAUGAUUUCACAGUGUAUGGUGAUUCUUUUGAUAAAUGUCUAGAAAAUUUAUCUUUGAUCUUGAAAAGGUGCAUUGAAACUAACCUUGUCUUAAACUAUGAGAAGUGUUAUUUUAUGGUAGAACAAGGAAUAGUUCUUGGGCAUGUUGUGUCUUCACGUGGAUUAGAGGUUGAUAAAGCUAAAAUAGACGUUAUUUCAUCAUUGCCUUACCCCUCCUGCGUGAGGGAAAUUCGUUCUUUUCUUGGCCAUGCAGGUUUCUAUCGACGCUUUAUUAAAGAUUUCUCAAAGAUUACAGCACCCUUGUGCAAACUAUUAGCCAAAGAAGUGGAUUUUGUGUUUGAUCAAGCAUGUAAAGAUGCCCAUGAUGAGCUUAAGAGGCGUGUCACAUCUGCCCCUAUCAUCCAACCACCAAAUUGGGAUGAGCCUUUUGAGAUAAUGUGUGAUGCAAGUGACUAUGCGGUAGGGGCUAUCCUUGGGCAAAGAAUUGGGAAGAAUUUGCAUGUUAUCGCCUAUGCUUCCCGCAUGUUGGACGGUGCACAAUGCAAUUACCAUACAACUGAGAAGGAACUUUUUGCAGUGGUGUUUGCUCUUGAAAAAUUUAGGUCAUAUCUAUUUGGUACAAAAGUCAUUGUUUUUACUGAUCAUGCAGCUUUAAGGUAUCUUUUGAAGAAAAAGGAGUCCAAACCAAGAUUGAUUAGGUGGAUCUUGCUUUUACAAGAAUUUGAUCUUGAGAUCAAAGACAAAAAAGGUGCCGAAAAUCAUGUGGCUGAUCACUUGAGCCGACUAAGGACUGAGGAUAUACAAACCGAAACAAUAAGAGAGACAUUCCCCGAUGAGCAGUUGUAUGUGUUACAUUCCUCUACAAGACCAUGGUAUGCUGAUUUGGUGAACUAU